AAAAAAAAAAAAAGAAAGAAGAGAGAAAAAAAAAAUGGCUCCGUCGUCUUCAACUUCUCCUUCCAAAUCUCCUGUACCAUCUCUUCAUCCAUCCCUUCAUUUCACUCCCAUACCAGAAUGCGAAGAAGACGACUUCCAAGAAGAAAGAUACAAAAACAGAGCAACACCAAGCAGCGACGGCGGCUCUUCCGCUACUCCAAGUCGCCAUCACAACCGCCGCAGUAACGAGAACUACCAACACAGUCUAACGCCUCUCCACCACAACGGAACCAGAAAACGACACGACGACGACAACACAGGAGCCGUCUCCUGCAACAAGUGUCGUCCCCACCACUCUCACCGAGACAAAUUCUCCGUCGUCCCUCUCGAAAGCAACAACCCUUCCUUCAUCUCCAGCCCCAACCUCAUCAUCAAAUCCAUCUUCCAAUCCCUCACACGUCGAUCCCCCAAACCCUCCUCGCUUCCUCCCCGCUCUUCCUCCUCCGCCUUAGACGCUUCCAGAGAAGAGCAGUGGCGGUUAGCCGUCGCCGAGCUUUCCCAUAAACUAAUCCAAGCCACCAAGAAGAAAGAAGACGCCGUCACCGAAGCUUCCCGUCUUAAAACAUCCAUGUCGGAGCUCGAGAAGAAGCUAAACAAACUCGAGAUUUACUGCCACAACCUCAAGUCCGGUCUCGACGAAUGUAGCAACAACAACAACAACAACAACAACAACAAGAACAACAAACAACAGAGUGUCCCUGUCCGAAAAGACGCGUUCAACGACAGGAUCAUCCAGCAGUUCCUCGUCUCAGUGUCGGAAUCUCGCUCUUCCAUCAGGGCCUUGAGCAGAGCUCUCGCCUCGCAGCUACGUACCGUCGGUGGGAAAGUCUACGAGCGUCUCUCUCUUCUCCUCCAGCCUUUCGAUGUCAAGAUCAACUCUUUCGCGAAGAACCCUAAGAGUCUGAUCUUUUACCUCGAGGCGAUUUUGAGCAGAGCCUUCUUUGAGGAUUUUGAAGCUUCCGGGUUUUUGAAAAACGGGUCGACCCGGAUUUUGAACCCGAUUGAUCGUUGCGAGUCUAAUUACGCUUCGUUUAAUGUCUUGAUGGAGCUAACGUGGGACGAGGUUUUGAGCAGGGGGACGAAGCAUUUCUCCGAGGAGUUUAGUCGGUUCUGUGAUCGGAAGAUGAGUGACGUCGUUUCGAUGCUUUGUUGGAACAGAGCUUGGCCUGAACCGCUUUUACAGGCUUUCUUUGGUGCGUCGAAGAGUGUUUGGUUGGUUCAUCUAUUGGCUAACUCGGUGAACCCGGGUUUGCAGAUCUUUCGAGUGGAGAAAGAUGACCGGUUUGAUCCGGUUUAUAUGGAGGAAACCGGUGGGGACCGGUAUAAGGGUGUGGUUAGAGCGAUGGUUCAGCCUGGGUUUUAUGUGUGUGGUAGUGUAGUUAAGUGCAAGGUGGUUUGCAAGCAUUGCGGCAGCGAGGAGGAGGAAUUGGUGGAAGACCGUGUGGUCAAGGAAUGUAGUAAAAACGACAAGAGUUUAAUAAGCAUUUGUAGCCCAUUAGGAGGUUAAUUUACGUUGAUUAAGGAGGUUAUAAAAUUGGUGGGUUUUGUUUUGUUAUGUGAGUUUGUAACUAGAAAAAAUGGAAUGACUUUUGCAAGUGAAUAUUUUAAAACUGGUUCUAUUUAAAUAACGUUUGCAAUGAUUAUUUUGUUGGUUUUGUCAAACUGAUUCAAGA